AUGGAUUGGGCUCGUACAGAAUUUUUGAUGUUGCAAUUUCCUGAAGCAAUUAGAAUACCAAAUUUUACUAUUGGUUUGAGUGGCGUUUCGAUGUAUUUUAAAAAGGAAAUUCCUCGGUUCUCAGCAUACAAAAUACAAACCAAAAUCUUAACUUGGAAUAAAAAAUGGAUUUUCUUGCUUCACCGUUUCAUAACAGAAUCAAAAAAUAAUAAUUCUGAUAAUACUAAUAUUGACGUUCAUUCGGUAGGAAUAUCAAAAAUAGUAUUUAAAGAAAAAACUAAAACGUUAAUUCCUGAACAAUUUUUUGAUGAAUUUGGAUUUAAAUGUGAAACGGAAGAAUUAAAAAUCAAAAGAGAAGAAAUUAGAAAGAAAGGAUGGAAAUUUAUUGAGGGAUUAUUUGAAUUCGAAAAAUUGAUUGAUUAUUGUGAAGAUGAAGAUAGAGAUUAUGAAGAAGAUUAUUUAGAAAAUGAGAAACAGUUGGACACGAAUCUUCAUUUGAACAAUGGAUCUUACAAUAAACAUUUAGAUUGGGCUCGUGCAGAAUUUUUGAUGUUGCAAUUUCCUGAAAUAAUUAGAAUACCAAAUUUUACUGUUGGUUUGAGUGGAAUAUCAAAAGUAGUAAUUAAAAAGAAAACUAAAACUUUAAUUCCUGAACAAUUUUUUGAUGAAUUUGGAUUUAAAUGUGAAACGGAAGAAUUAAAAAUCAAAAGAGAAGAAAUUAGAAAGAAAGGAUGGAAAUUUAUUGAGGGAUUAUUUGAAUUCGAAAAAUUAAUUGAUUAUUGUGAAGAUAAAGAUAGAGAUGAUGAAGAAGAUUAUUUAGAAAAUGAAAAAGUUAUUUCCAAAUUUUAA